UGGUGGACGAUCGUUGACGAGGGGUUUGGUCGUCCGCCCUUGUCUGCCCCGGCGGACUGUUGCGUCGCAGGAAUGAAGAGAUGCCAUAAUUUUGCAGUUGCUGGCUGUUUUCGGCUUCUCGCCUUUUCGUUUCGGUCUCCCAUGCAUGCACCCAGCUUCCCCUCUCUCUCAGAUUGUUGCUGCACUCUUCCUGUCAUGCUGCUUGCGGAUGGAUUUCAUGUGGAGGAAUAGCGAAUGCCGAGAAUAGCUGUCUGUUCCUUUCGACGAUUUGGUUGCAUUCCUGGAGAGCAAGGCGACGCAGGGUUGGAGAACAUUGUGAAAGAUAAAGUGAGAUUUACAGGAAUGGAGUAAUUAGGAGGACGGCACCGUGAUGUGAAAUGAAUCUUGUGUGCAGAUUUUGAGAUAAUUUGGGAGUAUUUGCAGGAUAGCACUUGAAAUGCGAGGCUUGAUCAAGGAUCCAAACUAGGAUAGCAGUGUUUUGUGAAUGAGAUUUAUGGCGCGGCUUAAGGUUCCUCUGGUGGCAAUUAAUUGUAGAAGUGUAAUGGAAUCGAGAACAAGGCUGUGGCAGGACUUAGAGGCAGACGCAAAGGUUGUGCUUGUCAUUAUUGCAUGGUGGGGAGUUGGAGAGAGAUUUUGACCUAAUUUAUUAGUGAAGUAUAGUCGGAACCCAUGGCGGAGAAUGAGACGAGGGUUUCGUCUACAGGCUCUGGGGUGAGAAAGUCGGCGAACGGGACACCAAAGAGAUCUUUAUCGACCAGAAUAUCAGGGGAGGCUACCUCGGAGUAUGUUAGAGGUGGAAUGCUCGCGUUGCCUCUAGGUCAACGCGAAGACAAUCGCCAAAGUUUCAACGCAGCAAAAGCACGAGCCGAUGCGGCAGCGAUGUCAGGAUUAACAAGCUCGCGGACUUCCACGCAUCCGUCGUCCAGGAGGCAAUCUGGCAGCUCACAGAUCUCCUUUUCCUCCAAAGGCAGCGGUCGGCCUGGCCAACGUGGGGCCAAGAAAAAGAAAAAAGCCCAAGAUGAUCCUAUUCAGGUUUUCAACGAAGACGGCAAGGAUGUGACUCCAAAGCCCUUGUCAUCAGUGAAGCCAACAGUGAUAAAUGAACGGUUUAUGAGCUUAACUGUGCAAACAGCUGAGGACAUUGAAUUUCAGCAUUCUGCUCCAGCCUACAGCCGAACGGGAUACACGGUGACGAGCACAGCUGGGGAGCUUACUCCUGAGACCAUUGAGUUGGGUACUGAUCUUGAACUAGGAGAGUCCGAUGGUCAAGAGUCUCGAAGGUCGAAUCGCUUCCGAGGCUAUGGGUUUGUCGAGACUCCUCGUUAUUCAAAACGCAAAUAUGUCAUUGUUCCGGCUCCAAUUAUUCACCCAACAGCACUAAAGGAUUUGGAACGACCUGUCUCAAUUAUCAUAACUGAGAGUGAAAAUCAGAUUAUGAUGAGUAUGCGUGGGCAUAAUCUGAAUUCAACGUACGACAUUAUCCACACAGUUCUGAACCGUAAUGAAAAAUACGCGCAGCUUCUCCAGACGAAACAUGGGAGUGAUAAUUUUAACCAAAAUACAACCCAGACCUUAUUCAGUUUGCUGAAGAAUAAGGAAGCUCAGGCCUCAGCUUUUUCUACUCGGUCUAACUCUGUUCAGGUGAAUUCUUGGGGUAUUGCGGAUUCAGUCGCAGGAAAAGUAAAAACAGAUCAGCAUCAGCCGUGGAAAGUUGUGCCACAUGGAUCCAAGGACACCAAGAACAAAAAUCCCACGACUGCAGUAGUUAUACUUCCAGAGCUAUUCACAGACUUGGACGGUCCAAAUGGGUCACCAAUAACGAGCCCUCCGGUAUUUCGUCUAGAUUCGAAACGACAAUCCAUGGCCUCCAGAAGGGGAUCAACUCUUGGUGGUCAAUCACGGCGACAGUCGGCCUCGAAAAGAACAAGUGUAGCGUCAAGGCGUGCUUCAACAAGCGGGGGAAUGUCACAAGGGCAGGGGCUGGACGACGUCAUAAGAUUAAUGAGUCCUGUAUCUAUUGUAACUGGUGCGGGCAGCGUGGGUGAUAGCCAAGGCAGCGAGCCUGUCCAGUCCGAAGUUGACAUCAGCAAGAUUCCUGGACUCUUCAAGGCUUUAGAACAUGUCGAAAGAGCUUGCGUAUUGAAUACAUAUCAUGAUAAGCUCUUGGGAUAUAUGAACUUUAGGGCCAGAGAAGUUGAACCUCCUCCUGAACCUGACAAAGUCGAGAAUCCCGUACUGAAGAAAAAAACCAAAAAGGUUAAACCAGAAGCGUCACUGUAUCCAUUGGCUGCACUGAAGGAGUUUGAGGAGAAGGAAGAUGUUACGCUGAAAGUUAUCUUGCCACAGUUAGAGGACUCGACAGCGACAGUGCACUCACUCUGGGAAUUUCAAUGUGACCUCACAGACGGCAGAAACAUUAGUUGUAUGACAUGGAAUAAGGCAAACCUGAAUUUGAUUGCGGUUGGUUACGGUGAAUUCGAGUUUGGAAAACAAAGGGAUGGCAUGAUUGCAUUCUGGUCCUUGAAAAAUCCGCGUUAUCCACAUGCCACGAUCCCCACACUUUCGGGUGUUACUUCCCUGGACUUUGCAACCUCCAGCCCUAGCCUACUUGCUGUUGGUUUCUACAACGGGAAUGUGGCUAUAUACGAUGUGCGAAAUCCUAGGGAUACGGAGCCAAUGGUAAAGAGCUCCUUUGCAACAGGAAAGCACGCCGAUCCUGUGUGGAAAGUACAAUGGGUUGAUCAUACUGCUGAGCAUGGAGAGGCUCUUGUUUCAAUCUCCACCGACGGUCGUGUGUCUCAAUGGUCCAUUAAGAAGGACUUGGAAUUUGUGAAUCUGAUGAAACUGAAGAAAGUCCCCAGCCAAAACAAAGGCGCACAACCGCAGCCUUUUAUAUCACGACGUUCUGCAGGACUGUGUUUUGAAUUCUCGAAAAAGGACGCCGGCAUUUAUAUUGUUGGAACAGAAGAAGGGCCCAUUUAUAAAUGUGAUCGAUCUUACAGUGAGCAAUAUAUGAUGAUCUACACCGGGCACAAUGGUCCUGUUUAUCAGGUACGGUGGUCUCCGUUUAUGCCGUCCUUGUUUCUGAGCUGCAGCGCCGAUUGGACAACACGACUUUGGAGUGAAGACCAAGUCAGUGUUUCUGAGUCUUAGGUGUCUUGCUUGUAGCAAUCUUAUAUAGUCAGAAAACCCCUUUUCUGGAGUUUGUGCGAGUAGCAUCUUGCAGACCAUACUUCAGUGUUGUACACAGUCAAUGAUGUCUGCAGUGCUAGCGUUGUUUUCAACAAAGCCUCUUUAUUGUGAUGCGAAUCUUCGUACAACAUAUUGGGUCUUGAAUUAAACAUCCUUAUUCCCACCACAACCUACUUAAGGAGCCCUAAAAGUAACGCGCAUCUCAGGAAGGAGCUCUUCUCGUGUUCCAGACCACAAACGUGGGUAUAGCCGAUGUUAGGUGGUCAUUCACACAUGCUUGUGUUUUCGCAGUGGCUUCAACUGACGGCCACAUGGAGGUACACUCAGGCUUGUAUUACCUUCACUUUUAAUUUUAAAUUGGAUCGUCGUUUCAUGGUUUUUUUGUAAGGUA